CAAGUGUCUUAAUACGAUUAGUUGAUCAGAUCAGAAAAAUACGACCGCCACGUCAUCGACCGCAUGCCCUCGUCGUGUCUUCGCUCACUCAACAAAACGUAUCCUUCGCUUUCACGAACGUCGCAUAAAAGCUCUGCAAAACACACACAACACAACUGAGAGAGAUCAGAGAAAGAGAGAUUUGUAAUAAUCAAAUCAUGGGGAAGAGAAGAGGUGUCUCCGCCGUGAACGUUGUUUUCGGGUGGCUGCGACAACAAUCGAACAAGGUUAAAAUAGCUUUAGGAAUUAUCAUCUCUUUGAUCCUCGUCGUUCUUCUGAAAUUCACCGUUAGGAAUCACAAUCACUUUUUCAUCGCCUCCGAGCUCAUCCACGCCGCCGGAAUCUUGAUCCUCAUCUACAAACUCACUCGCCAAAAGACUUGCUCCGGUCUUUCUUUAAAAUCUCAAGAAGUGACAGCAAUAUUUCUAGCGGUGAGAUUGAUAUGCAGCAUAAACAUGGAAGGUGAUAUCCAUACAGUUCUCGAUUUCGCCACCUUGGUUUCGACUCUAUGGGUCAUUUAUAUGAUUCGAUACAAGCUGAAAGCAUCUUAUAUAAAGUCUCUCGACACUUGCUACAAUUACUAUGUGCUUGUACCAUCUGCUAUCCUUGCGUUGAUUAUUAACCCGAGUACGAGUUAUUCUUACUUCCACCGUAUAUUGUGGGCGUUUUGCGUCUACACAGAAUCUGUCUCUGUUCUACCUCAACUUCGAUUAAUGCAAAAUGCUCAGAUCAUAGAGCCUUUCACAGCUCAUUAUGUGUUUGCACUCGGAAUAGCUAGAUUCCUGGCAUGCGCUCAUUGGAUUAUCCAGGUCGUUGAGACUCGUGGACAUUACCUAUGGCUACUCGGGGCUGGUUACUUCUGGUUUCCGGUGGCUCUACUAGCCGAGAUCGUUCAAACUUUCAUCCUCGCCGACUUUUGCUACUACUAUGUCAAAAGUGUUAUGGAGGGUCAGCUUGUACUGAAGAUGCCGGUUUAAGAUCAUCUAGUAUAAAAUGAACCAAUAAAUUUUGCUUGUUUUAUCUUUCAACUUAAACUACAACUUUUAACCAAAGUAGAUUGCUCAAAAUAAUCUAGAAUGGUUUCUUUCUUCUUCUCUAUUUCCUGCUUUUUGUUUAAGAAUCUUUAGAGAAAGUUAAUCACUAUAC